GUGGAGAAAUGCAGUCAUUCAGGUGUGUUCUAUUUAGUGAUGGAACAGUUGGAUAAGUCAUAUAUGUUAUCAUGUGAGGAUCAGACUGAUGCCCUUCAUUUCCUUUGUAGGAAAGCGGCAAUGAAAUGAUGAAAAAAGUUAUGAAUACAAUUGGGGCAGAAGGUCGAGAAAAAGUAAUCAGUCAUUUGAAUGCAGAUGAUUUUCAAAAAUUAAUGGAUUGUUUAGAAAGUGUGUGUGAAAUGACUGAUUUCAGGUCCAUGAUGAAAAAGAUAACACCUAUUAUCAAGAAAGUUAGUGGUGCCAAAGUAGCGUCUAAACUGAUGAGUAUGUAUAUCGGUGAUGGAAAUGAAAAAGAGAGCUCGAACAAGGGUGCUAUGGAUGCAGUGAUGACUCUCCCUUACUAUCACCCUGUCCCUGAUGGACUCCGUCCUGGGAUGGCUGUAUAUGUUCAAGGCGCAGUGCCCGAAGACAGCAAAGGAUUCUCUGUGGACUUCACCGUUGCAAAACUUCAAAGGGCCAAUAUUGCCUGUCACUUCAACCCUCGCUUCAAGUGGGGGAAUAAAGUUGUGUUCAACACGUUUGAGUUUCACAGGUGGAAGAAGGAAGAGAUCCGCAAGAUGCCCUUCCAGAAGGGCGAGCAUUUUGAGGCCAUCUUCAUUGUCACUGAGAUCGGAUACCAGAUCCUGGUGAAUGGGAAGCACUUCUACGUCUUCAGGCACAGAAUUCCAGCACAAGGUGUGCGGUUUAUUAAGGUUGAGGGAGACCUGGAGCUGCAGUCCGUGAAUGUGACGGCAGGACCAAUGGUAGAGAACAUGACAAGGACCUUUCCUGGAAUCUACCACUUAGCUCUCCCUCAUGAACAAACUGUCCUUGGUGGACUCUAUCCUGGGAUGUCUGUAUAUGUGAAUGGCACAGUGCCCGAAGACAGCCACAGCUUCGGAGUGGACUUUGCCUGUUGCCAGCAUCGGGGGGCUGACGUUCCCCUCCACUUCAACCCUCGCUUUUUUCAGGAGGAUCUUGUGCUCAACACGUUUCAAUCUGACAAGUGGGGAAAGGAAGAGAAACACCAGAAUCCCUUCCAGAAGGGCGAGCCUUUUGAGAUCAUCUUCACUGUCACCGAGACCGAAUACCAGAUCCAGGUGAACGGGAACCCCUUCUGCAACUACAGCCACAGAUUUCCACCACAAAGUGUGCAGCUCAUUAGGGUUGUUGGAGACCUGGAUCUGCAGUCCCUGAAUGUGACGGCAGGGCCAAAGAUGGAAAACAGAAUAAUGACGUUCCCUGCGAUCUACAACCCACCGGUGCCCUACACAGGCGACAUCCCUGGAGAUCUGGGGGCUGAGAGGACCAUCACAGUGCGAGGCUCUAUUCCAAAGAACGGCAAAAGGUUUGAAAUCAAUUUUAUGGCUGGCCAAGAUAUUGCUCUGCAUGUUGAACUUCGCAUGAAACCGUGGAGAGCUGUAGUACGCAAUAGUUUUUUGAAUGGCGACUGGGAAAAUGAGGAACGGAAAUUGACCUUUUACCCUUUCCAGCCUGGACAGGACUUUAAGCUCUCAAUCCACUGUGACAACCGUGAAUUCAAGUUUUAUGCCAACGACCAGCCCUUCUUCGACUACACCCAUCGCUAUGUCCCCAUCAAACAAAUCCGCACCCUGGAGAUCGAUGGAGAUGUGACCCUUUCUUACAUUAAAUACUAAGGGGGGAGAGAUCAGUAGUAGCAUAGACCCCCCCCUCUUCUAUCUCUCUUAGUCUGCCAGUAGAUUUAGAAUUCUGUUGAAUUUGAGUGGUCUGCCAGUUUUAAUCAAUCAAUCAGUCAAUCAGACACUCAAGAAUAAUUUAGAAUAUUAAGCAACAUUUUCAAUAAAGCAUUUGAUCAAGGAAUGCAGCAGGCUUACUUUUCUGCCUUCCGAAUUGGAUCUGUAGAU